AUGCUUUUCAAGACCAUCUUCACCGCCGCUCUGGCCACCGCUGCCACGGCCCUCCCUCACAACUUCCACGUCCGUCGCAACGAGACCUCCUCGGCCGGCGGCGUCGACAUCAUGAACAACAUGGAUUCUACUACCGUCUACGCGUGGUCUGUUUCUGAUAGAGUCAGUAACAUGCAUACCCUUUCUGCGGGCGGUGGUAGCUACUCCGAAUCCUGGAAAACCAACGACGACGGCGGUGGUAUCUCCAUCAAGCUGUCCACCACCGAGAGUCAGUCCGAUGUACUACAGUUCGAGUACACCCAGUCCGGCAGCACCAUCUUCUGGGACAUGUCGUGCAUCAACCUGGGCAGUGACUCGGCCUUUACCAAGUACGGCUUCACCGUGAAGCCCUCCGAGGAGAACUCCGACUGCCCUACGGUGACUUGUGCCGCGGGCGAGACCGAGUGCUCGGGUGCGUACAACCAGCCCGAUGACAAUGAAGCUACUCAUGGCUGCCCUAUCGAUACCCGGUUCACUCUCACUUUGGGCUAA